CAAUAUCUGCUGGCAGCCCACACGGCUCCGCAAGUGGUGACGACGAUCAAGCACCAAACGAGGACGAAGAAAACAACAUGGAGGAAGGGAACGACAACGCUUUCGAGCAGAGCGAUGCUGAAGAGGAAGACAGGGAGGCUGCCGGUGAUGAAGAAGAGCAUAAGGAUAUAGAAUCUGGUCCUGAGGGAGAGAUGGAGCAGGGCAGUGAUGCUGAAGGGGAGAACAAUGUGGACAGAGAAGUAGAUAAUGACAGAGAACAGACAGGGGAGGAGGAGAGAUACAGUCCUGGUGCACAGGACGGACUGAGAAGUGGUGCCAGCAGCCCAGGACAGCAGGACCAGCCAGAUGAACAGAUGGACUCAGCAGAGCUAGGAGGUCAGAAUGACAGGAGUGAGGGAGAAGAAGAGGAAGAAAAAGAGGAUGUUCCAAGCAGAAGGAGGGUACGAGUGAUGGAUGACAGCAGUGAUGAGGAAGGGGAAAACAGGACAAGAGAAGACACGCCACAGGAGAAGGGGAGUGAUGCAGAGUCUGGGGAAGAAACAGAGAACCUUUCUCCUAGAAAAGUGAAGCGAGCAGCUGUAUUAUCAGAUGAUGAAGAUGAGGACACACAGCCUGUACAGAGAAAGGUUCUGUCUUCAGAUGAGGACUCAGACUCAAAUCAACAGACAAAGAAAAGGGUGAUGGUGUCAGAUGAUGAUGAUGAUGAUGAUGAGAAGAAGGCAGGAAGUGAUGGAGAGGUGGAGAAGGACAGUGACGAUGAAGACAAGGAUGUCGGUGACCUCAUUGCAGACAUCUUCGGUGACAGCGAUGAGGAUGAAGAAUUCGAGGGUUUUGGUGAAGCCGAGGUUGAGGGAACUGUUCCAGAGGUACAGAAGUCAUCAGGAAUUCUGUCAGACAGUGAGGAUGAGGGUGUGACGGGGGCGGAGUCAGAACAGGCCGCCGUACCUGCUGCUGACUCAUCAGAUUCUGACGAUGACAGACCCUCAGACAAACCGGACAUGGUGUCAGACUUUGACGUCAUGCUACAGAAGAGGAAAGCGAUGAACAAGGCCAACCGCAGGAAACGUAAAGAUCACGACCUCAUCAACGACUGUGAUGACCUCAUCGUGGCCCUCAUCAACAAGAUGAAGGCAGCAGUCGACGAGGACAGAGUAUUAAAUCAGAACCGCCAGCCUGCCGUCAGGAAGCUGAAGAUGCUGUCCAGUGUCAUGCAGACUCUCAGGAAGAAAGAUCUCCAAGAAGCCAUCUUGGACUGUGGUAUGCUUCCAGUCAUCACGGACUGGUUGUCUCCCCUCCCAGACCGUAGCCUGCCUCACCUGCACAUCAGGGAGGAGAUGCUGAAAAUAUUACAAGACUUCCCUCCAUGUAGCCAAGAGAGCCUGAAGUCCAGCGGUAUCGGCCGUGCAGUCAUGUACCUAUACAAACAUCCCAAGGAGACCAGGAAUAACAAGGAGAGGGCUGGCAAACUCAUCAACGAGUGGUCCAGGCCCAUCUUUGGGCUGAACUCCAACUUCAAGUCGAUGAGUCGAGAAGAGAGAGAGCAGAGGGACAUGGAACAGAUGCCCAAGAGAAGGAGAAUGAGCAGUGCUGCUGAUGAACCCAGGAGGAGUAUGGACAUGGAGAUCGCAACUGCACAGGGCCCUGUGAAGCCUGGAGACCCAGGUUGGUGCGCCCGUGCACGUGUUCCCAUGCCCUCGAACCGAGACUACGUGGUCAGGCCAAAAUGGAACACAGAGAAAGAGAUGAGCGAAGACCAGGAAAGGGAACAGAAACGUAGAAACAAGGGUUUCACCAAGACGAAGGAUGCCCGUCUGGAGAAACACAUGAAGACCCUCCGCGAGAGGAAGGCCAAACUGAAGAUCCAGCGCGCCGUUGGCAUCAGCAUUCAGGGCAACAAGAUGGCCCUUUAGUCUGUGUACAGUGAACAGUCUGAGUAGGAAGGGCUUUUCAACAAUGAAGGAUUCUCGUUUGGAAAAGCAUGUCAAGACCUUCCGGGACAGGAAGCAGCGUAUGAAGGCAGAACGAGCGGUCAAGAUCAGUCUAGAGGGACGUAACAUGGCCUUAUAGCCAGUUAUAGGGCAGACACAAGAAAUAGUGUCUUUUUUUCACAUGGGCGUUUAGUUCUUGUUUGAAUGUGAUUUAAUUAAUCAUGACAGAAAUUUGACACCUUUGAAAUGAUUGUCAAAACUGAUUGAGGAAUUUUCUAUGAUUAAACAAACAAGCUUGAUUUGAGAUGACGCAAAACUGUAGAAGAUGAGCACAUGUAAUGGAUUUUUCCUAGGACAUAAGUUUUCAGUGUUGUACAGCUUUUCUUUUGCUCAUUCACAUGUUUGAGAAGAAAUUUAUACCAUUGUUUGCAGUAACAUUGCCUCUUACUUUAUUAAUACACUUUAUUAAUGUGCAUAUGCGUACGGUAACUGUUAUACUUACAUAAAGUACAGAAACUACAUAAAUCUUUGCAAUAGCUUGUUUAGUGAACAAAACAAAGUAUACAUAGCCUCAAAAGUGCAAGCAGUGCUGAUAUUGUGCUCAUGUCAUAAAUAUUUACAGGAAAAUGUUUAGAACUACCUGGUAGGUUAAAUUUGAACCAUGAUCUGUAACAUACUAAUACACUGUACAGUAGAACAUACAUUGUAGCCUCACAAGUCAACUCUGGGCUGCAAUAAGCAGCUCAUGGUUUGUGUGUAUGCCUUACCUUCUGGAAGUUGUCCUCCAAAGUAAGGUGGGUUUUGUAUCAGAAAGACAUGUAAGUGACAUCGGUCUGCAAUACAAUAAGGUUUAGACCCAGGAGGAUCAUAAAGGGGGACAGGAAGACAAUUUGCAACAGGUUUAGAAUCAACAAAAAGAUUGAGAACAAAGAAUUCAGGAGGCACAUACCAUUUGGAACCUUUUGUUAUUUUUAGGUUGUGGAAAAAUGCACUACCAUUUUCUUACACAGUUUCUCCAUGACCCUCCCUGGUUCAAACCUAACAGUCAAAUAGUUGUAAAUGAGAAAUUUGGAUAACUGCUGGCUUGGGAAAAGUCAUGCUUGCAUAGUUUUUGACAGUCUUUUGGAGACUCAAUUGUAAAUGAUGUAUUCAGUGAAACAUGGACAGAAAAGCCGUCACAGAGAUGGAAGUAGAGGAUUUGGCACACCAUGUACAUGUACAACAUCUCAGUACCACAUUUCUAGCAGGCUGCUGAAUGUAACUUUAUUAUAAACCUACAUGUAUGUGGGGGUCACUGUGUAAAUCACCGAACCUUACAGCAUUAAAGACCAUCUCUUAAGGAAA